UCCAAAUCUUCUUCCUCUAAAAAAUUUUGUGCGCGCGGUGUGAUAGAGAGAAAACGAAAAACUUCUUUUUUCUUCUUCUUCGAUGCUUAGAAGAGGAAAAUCUUCUUUUUCUUAAACCUUCUCUGUUAAAAUACAUAGAGAGAAGGGAUUUAGAGAAGAAGAAGAGAAGAAUUUUUUGUUAGUUUUUUUUAUUUUCAUAGAAAGAGAGAGAGAGAGAAAUGGAUCCAUCUUCUUCUUCUUCUUCUCUUAUGUCAUCACCCCCAGCGCAUGAUAAUAAUAAUAAGGAUAAGGCUGAUGUUGUUGUUGUUGGUGAUGGUGUUGCUACUUCGUCUCCUCCACCUUCUGUAGAUCCUUUCUUAAAAGAAGCUCUUCAAAACCCUCGCCAUCGUCUUACCAUUCUGCGAAUGGAGCUGGAUAUUCAGAGGUUUAUGCAAAAUCCUGACCAGCAGCAGUUUGAGCUCCCACAUUACCCAACUUCAUACCUUCGACUUGCCGCACAUCGUGUGGCCCAGCACUAUGGUCUGCAGUCUAUGGUGUUGGAUACUAGUGCUGAUGGAUUGGGAACCAAAAUUGUGGUCAGGAAAAUAGCCGAAAGCAAGUACCCCACUGUAUGUUUGUCUGAAGUCCCUGCUGAGCAGACAGAGAAUGAUAAACCUGAACAGGUUAAGCUGGCCAUCAGGCAGAGACCAAAUAGAGGAUCUGCAAAUGACAUGAAUGAACUUGGUAAUAAACGUAGUCCAGUCAGAUCUGUGGAAGAGCGGAAAGAGGAAUACGAUCGAGCUAGGGCCCGUAUUUUCAGCAGCUCUAGUAGCCCUGACCUGGAAGAUGUUGCUGCUUCUCAGAUUACUGUUGAUGGAAGAAGUUCGUCUCUAGGCAGUAGUGAGAGUGAAGCUUGUAGAAACGUGAUUAUCGACUUGGAAAAGAUGCCUAUGACCAGGGAUGGUUCGCGGGUUGCAAUCUUUAGGGACAGGGAGAAGGAUCGUACUGAUCCAGACUAUGAUCGUAGUUAUGAAAGGUACAUUAGGAGCCUACCUUUUAACCAGAACUUCAGCUUGGGACCUUUCAACAUGCAGAAUUUCCCUCCUCCAUUUCCCCAUUAUGAAGCUGGCUUUCCACAUCUUACUCGGUUGCCAAGGACCCAAUCAGCUCCUAAUUAUGGACCUUCAAAUCCAAUUAUGAGCCCUUUCUGUGCUGUGGGAUUGAAUCAGACUUCUGGAGAUGCCGUCUACAUGCAAUGGCCGAGUCCUGCAAUGGUCUAUGCCCAGGGCUAUGAGCAACUUAGACAUGCUAUGUUCCAGGCUCCCCCGUUCUACCACCAACCUCUGAGUUUUGAUUACUCCCAAAACCACUAGAAGAUGGGAAUUAUAUUAUUGUAUUGAUUUUAGAUAAAUGGGUCUUCAUUUUCCCCUUUUCUUCUAGGUUGCUUGCCUUUUAUGUUAGGGUAAAACGUUAAUGACUGUCAUGGCACAUGCCUUGUUGUUUUUUUUUUCUUUUAAGUUUUAGAUUUUGUUUUCCUUAUGUAUUACUAGCAAUGGAGAUUUGUGAUAGACUAGGGAGGAGAUCAAAUUGUUCACAUGUUUUAUUAAGUAGUCUCAAACUAAAAAUACAACUGGUUUUAGUAGACUUGUGAUAAAAAAUACCGGAUUGUGGAUUGCUGUCUA